AUGGGUGGGAGAUCGGCAUCAACCUAUUUCAAAACUGUGAAUGACACGCUUCUGAGGCAUAUUCUUUUCCUGGGUCCUGGGCUUAUCGCAGCCGUGGCCUAUUGUGAUCCAGGCAACUGGGCCACAGAUAUGGAAGCUGGUUCACGUUUUGGGUACAAGCUUUUGUUCACUGUGCUUCUGUCUGGCCUGUUUGCUGUGCUUCUUCAGAUUCUAAGUUGCCGCCUCGGCGCCGUGACGCGCCAAGACUUGUCAGUUGCGACACGCCGUCUCGUGCUGGGCCUUCGACAUGAGUCGUCCGUCCCCGACUGGGGCUCCCUGCGCACACGACUCAAGUAUUGGUGCCUUCUCAUGCCCUUGUAUGUGAUCAAUGAGAUUGCCAUUUUGGCGACGGAGCUCGCUGAGCUUAUUGGCAGUGCUAUUGCGCUAAACCUGCUCUUCCCUAGCCUUCCUUUGUGGGGAGGCGUGCUUGUGACCACAGCUGAUGUGUUUUUGGUUCUAUUCAUGUACAGGCCCUCGUCGGGAGUGCGUCUCUUCGAAAUUCUGAUUUCCGUUUUGGUGAUUAUUGUUCUAGUUUGCUUUUGCGUACUACUAGAGCGAGUGCGUCCCGACUGGGGCGAAGUUUUUCACGGCUAUGUGCCCUCGCCUACCGUGGUGAGUUCCAAAGGUCUAUACAUAUCUAUUUCCAUUCUCGGUGCCACAAUCAUGCCUCAUUCACUCAUUCUUGGCUCACAUUUUGCCACCAUUGAGCGCCUCGAUGUGGACGAGGGCUCUGAAAGCGACUCCUUAAUUCCGGACCAAGUGCCGAAAACGAAGCAAAGUCUCUGGAAACGCCUCAUCUUGCCGCACGUCCGCGUACCUGAAAUGAUAGAGACAGAUGCCAUCCCAAAAGCUGAACCUGUUUCGUACCGCCAUUUAAAUCUUGUCCUUCAACAUGCUUCUUGGGAUAUUGCUAUCUGCUUGGUGGUAUUUGCCAUCACGAUUAACAGCGCCAUCCUUGUCGUUGCUUCUGCUGCGUUUUACUAUGGUCAUAACAACACAGGCGACAAAGUGGUGGUGGCCGAUCUUUUUGAAGCAUUUAAUUUACUCAAGUACACCACGGGCCAUGUACCAGCCAUUCUCUUUGCUGUUGCUCUCUUAGCAGCGGGCCAGUCGUCUAGCAUUACAGUCACCCUGGCCGGUCAGAUUAUCUCCGAGGGUUUCAUCCAUUGGCAUCUCACGCCCUUCAUGCGACGUUUGAUAACUCGUGCUAUGGCUGUGAUUCCCGCGAUGAUUGUGGCAAGUGUGGCUGGCCGGUCUGGAUUGGAUCAGAUGCUGGUGGCCUCCCAGGUGGCGCUCUCAAUGGCACUGCCUUUUGUUAGCUUUCCGCUCCUGGUGAUUACAUGCUCGUCCAAACUUAUGACACGCGAGCUCUCGGACCAGGCAAAUGAUGAUGCAUCUGGUACUUACACCGAGCCUAGGACUUCCUAUGAUACGGUGCCGCCAUCUCGCUGGACGCGGUCUAGCGAUCCACGCUGUGCUCGCGAUCGUGACUCCGCCAAAGUGUCUAUCCCACCAGCUGUUCUCGCUUCUUUACCGGAUAAGAAUCCUUAUGCGUCGCCAAAAAGGAGCCCCGUGGGUAUCUCCAUGUCGGACUAUGACGUGUCGGUACUACCAUUGAUUCCUUCUGAUGGUGACAUUAGCAACCUUCAUGACUAUCUUCGUGGCUCCUCUGGUUUUUCGCCGGGCCGCAAAAGCUCACAAGGCAAUUUAAACUCCAAUCUUGAUGGAAAAAUUAGCGGAUCUCGAAGUCGUGAGGCAUUCUAUGCUUUGAGGAAUCCUAAGAAGCCUGGCAAUAGAAUGAUGUUCAAUCCAUCUCCACGUUCUGCACCAUCAAGUCUGUACCACUUCGGCAUGCAUAGAAACUUUAGCACGCCGUCCCUUCGAGGUGUAAAGUCGGGCACGCCUGUGGCCGGUUCUGUUCCACUGCCUGACGCAGCUCGUGCUUCUCCAAGUCCGGUAUCUGCACUGGGGUUGUAUAGGGGCGAAUCGUCACGGGCAGAUAACUCCUUUUCAUCUUUGGACCUGCAAGAAAGUGCUGGCAAUGAUAGCAGUAUCAUGAUGUCCUUUCAAGAUGAUCUUUCCGGAGAAAAUAUUGGUGCGCCCCAGUCUAUUGCGCCAUUGUCUAACCCGCCUCCUUCUACUACCUCGGGAUCAUCAAAUGAAUUCCUUACCAAGUCACCAGCACCUACACCUGAUGUACAGGAAUCCCUAAAAAUUCUGGCAGAAAUAGACCAACCAUGGUUCCAGCCCGCUGCCCCUCCUCCAUUGCCCUCUACUUUCGCGUCUUUAGCGCCCCCCGUGUCGGAAUGGCAUCCUGAGCCUAAACACACCCCAUCAGUCAGGUUUUCUACAUCGGCGACACCCGAACCGGAACGCAUUAACGAGUCGCUGUCCCAAGAUGCUCCGACUACGCCUGAUGGAGACAAUUCAUCUAACAUAUUGUUUCAACCCGCUGAUCAAACUGGUGACAACCCAGAGCGUGCGUCUGGCACUACUGCUCCUCUGCCGUCACGGCCAAGUAUGGCGCCGACGGAGUACAGUUUCGGUUCCCGAUACAGUGGGAUCUCAUCAAGGUCUCCUCGGAUUACCCGUGUUCCUUCGCUUCCUCCGGCUAUCCCACAUGUCACAUCGCCUAUAAUGCAGACGGGAGCGCUGCCGAGUGACUCUGCUUUGGUUUUGCCGCAUACAGAAUCCAUGAAAGCCAAUGACUCGUCUCCCCUGAAUGCAUGGCUAGACAACCGGCCGCUGCCUCCAUCUUCUGCAUCUCAAGAUUCCCAAGGGCCGGGCUCUCUCUCUCAGCCUGCCAGUUAUCCUCACAUUCUUUCUCCUUCGACAACAGAACCUAAAUUUACAUACAGCAUUGUCAAUGGUAUCCAGCCUAAAGCGCAGCAGCGCCAAGGAUCGAACAAUCCUUUCAAAAUACCACCGAGUACCAAGCCCUUGCCCCCCAUCGAGCUGUCCAAAACUGAUGGUUCAUCGAGUCAUGGCAAUCAUACUUCAGAGGAAACAGUUCAUUCGGAUCAAUCAUCUUCUGCUCUUCCCCCAGUUUUGCCAAAUAGGGUCUCACCGAACUCGCCGCCCAUACCCUUGUCGGUACCAGAAAGAAGCGCCGGGACUCUUCGAGACACCACUGACUUCCGCUUGUCGAACACUUCGGCAUACGAUUUCCAGGACUUCUCCAAGGGCGUGGAAGAAAAUCCUGCAGCGUCGCCAAAUCUCAAGGAUCAGCUCAACGAUAGGUCGAAGGUGUAUGGUUCCGUCGACUGUGUGGACACGGUUAACUUGGUGCCAUCACCGGCGAUCCCCCGCACCGUCGAGGCACCUACCUCAGAGAAAGAACCGCAGGGUUUCAAGAAUGACGUGGAGGACUCUAUAUGUCAACGAUUGAAAGAAUUCCAAUCCCAACAACAAGCCUUGCGUGGCACUAUUGAAACAUCCCGCGCAGAAAUCUUGCAGCUCCGCGAAAAGAUUCGCGCUUUCCGUGCCGAGCUGGACGAAGAAGUGUUGGUGUAUCCUCCAACCGAGCCUUUGAACUUGUCUAUCUACGAACCAACCGAUCGAGAACCAUCUCGUGACGAUCGUCUACGGGAUAGUUUGCUCUCCAUGGAUGAUCUAGAUCGUCGACUGACCUUUAUGCUGGAGAGCCAUGGUCUCAGAGAUACAUAUCCAUACACAUAG